GCGGCCCACGCAUUAUUCGCUAGCUCUAUGGGCGGACUUAAAAGCGCGCGGCCCGCCCGCCCUAGCGUACUUUACGUGGUAACGGCGACGCCAGUGGUUCCUGGUAACUUCACUGCAACUUGGACUUGAUACGUACAAAAUGGCGCAAAACUUACUAGCACUGUCUGUCGUCGCGAUUCUAGUGAUAUCAGUUGGAGUAAGCGCCAAACGUGGGUGUUCAGCUUUUGGGCAUUCCUGUUUUGGAGGACACGGGAAGCGCUCAGAAAACUCACAGGCAUCAAGCUCCGAAAUAAUGAGUGGUCGACAACUAGGACAGGAAGAGACUCCACCACACCCGGUCUACCCUCACUCUGGUUAUGGAAUCUUGCCUUCUGGUGACGACAUCAUACCGAUCCGGGGUGGUGGUGUAUACGAACGCGAAGACAACCCGAGAGAUGUAAUGAGAAUGAAGCUUCGAAAUAUCGUUAAAAAUUGGAUGGAAAACUUCAGACGAUCACAACAGAAUGAUGAUGGACUCUACAUUGAAACUUUGUAAACUAUCUUAAUUUAUUACCUAUCAUAGAUUAUAUCAAUUCGCUAUGAACUGUCGUCAAUUGUUUUAUUUACCGAUGCUAAUUAUGACUUCUUCAAAAAUGAAUUAUUUUGUUAAAUAUUUCUAUUUAUGCAAUCAUAUUUCACUCUUAAAGGCUGGGUUUUCAAAUUCCUAUUGUAUAUAUUAUUAAAAUAUGUUCCGUUUUUAUAUUACAUAGAUGACCUUGUUGUAUAUUUAAGGAACUCUUCAAAAUAUGUUUUGCAAAACGUAAGUUUACCAUCAUAAUAACGUAGU